AGAUAGCAAAACUAUUGCUUAAUAACACAAAGACCUGGAUCCAUGGGGAACAGACAAUAGUUGGAACACAUCGUGAAGUCAACCGAACACCGAUACUUGUCAUAUGUUUCACGAAUCACGCACUGGAUCAGUUCCUUGAAGGAAUUUAUGACUUCUAUGGCAGCAACGAAAACAAAAUUGUCCGCAUUGGCGGACGCAGCAAAAGUGAGAAGCUAAAAGCGUGCAAUUUGAGAUCCAUCAAAGAGAAAAGCAAUAAAAGAGCCCCACGUUACGUGGGACGAAGCAUAGCCCAAGUGCAUUCAAGACUUGAAGGAGUAAAAAGUAAGAAAUUUGCAACUUAUAAUAUAUUUUUAUUCGGCUUCGUAACUUAGAGUUGACAUUCUUAGCAAAUUGUUGUCCAUUACAUACAUAAGUAUAUAAAAGGAUUUUAUUUACAUUCAGGUAAAAGAGGACAAGUGACUGACUUAAGUGUGCAAGAGAAUUAGUAGUUGAAUGUUUUUAUGGGGGUUGACAGCCUAUCCUUACUCCUUCGCGCACUGGCUAGAAACGUGGCGAGUGCUUGCGUCGUUUCCGAUUGCGAGUCAUGGCGUUGCGGCGGUUACGCUAACAUCAAAGGCGCCAACAAGAAGUCGGACUUUCGUGUCUGUUUAUUCUGUGGCACGAGGUCUGCUGAGAAAACUGUUAAUAUGCUUUAAAACAUUUUGUUAAAUUUAUAUACACAUUUCUUCCAAAAUACCAUUGACCUCCAGGUGUGUUUAAGCAAUAGUUUAACAUCUAUAGGCGUGUGGCUUGAGGUGUGUAAGACUAUGUGGGAGUGUAAUAGAGAUACAUCUAACGUCCAUUUUUAACAGAUCUUAAAUCUUACUUUAUAAUAUACACCAUUACUACACAUACACAAGCACAGACAAGAAAGCCAAGAUUGGCGGCAGGCUGGAAAGAGGUGAAGAUGAUGUUUUUCAUUGUUUCGUGGCCUUUUAUAGUUCUGAUUUGUCAUAGUCUUUUCGUUACAAUAUUUUGUACAGUACCUCUUCAUUUGAGGAUAUGAAUCUACUACAAGCCAUUUUGUUUCCUUUAAAAUGUCGUGGUUCUUGGGCUCUACCGCGUGCAAUGAAUUAUGAAUAUUUGUGCGACCACAUAUUACAGACGUAAUUGAGCCACUCAAACAAACUUAAGUUGGGCAUCGCCUUAUAAUUAUACGGUGCGUGAUUUUGUUAGUCCGUUUGUUUGUUUGUUUGUUUGUCUUAAAGAAGCUGUUGGAGAGAUGAUUAAUAUAAUAUUCAUGUUACUCAUCUGAAGAUAAAACUGUUGAGGUUUUAGUUUGUUGAGUUAAUUGAACCGAAACGUUUUUUUAAUCGCGCCAAAUUGUGUCUGAUAAUUACCGCUAAUUAGAUUACUAUUUUACAUUUCAAGAAUAACAAAUUUACAAAACAAGCCUUAGCAACGCUUUGUUUACUGAGUAACGACGCUAAUUAAAGAGAUGCAUGAUCCUUUGAUAAACUAAGAUUUUCUUUCAAUUUGUUUUUAAUUAGAAAAAUUGGAAAUUUCGUCUAACGUAAUACGAAAAUGUUGGCAAAACAUAUUGUACGAGAGGACACUGCAAAGAACAGGAGUUGUUCAUCAACAUCAUUUCUCUUCUCUCAUGAGACCAUUCAUAACAUUCGGAGGUGGUCAACCUGAACAAGGUUCCGUUGUUCUACAAUGGCUUAAUCUCGUUGCAGGAAACGAGGGGGCAGAGCAAGGUAAAGAUCACAUUUAUUGGAGUUUUAUGGAAAGUACUGUUUUAUGAACUGACACUUGUUUUCGCAUACUUGCGACUUUUUUCGAGGAAUUUAACUUGUAUUCGAACAGAUCCUACGUUUUUCGCUGACCUUUCAGCAUGAACUCUUUGGCACACAUUCAAUGAAUGAUUUAAAGUGGCUCUUUACAAUUUGAAAAUUGGGAAAAAUCAUGAAUUAGAUCAAACUUUUUGAAAGAAUGUUACUCGUCAAAAAUAAAAAAAUCGUACAACAUUUAUAGAGUAACAGUUUAAAAAUUUGAAAUUGGCCACUAAAUAGCCUCACCACCUUCGCUAUGGCAAACUUUUGGCUUAAGAUACACUUUACUUAAAAACAUGCCUGAUUAACCCCAUUUUUUAUUCCCGGAAACGUUUUCUUGUACCCGACCGAGUUUACAAAUUAAAAAUUCUGUAGAGCCAAAAAAUACUUAGUUUGCAAAACUAUAUAAUUAUAUACUUUUUAGAAAUUUGAUUCAACAGAAUUUCUUUAAACUUGGUCAGAUAAUCUAUUGUACUACAACGAGACAAUGCAUGGGUAACCAGCCAAAAUGUCGGCCAUCUUCAAUCUUUAUUGCAAAUCAUGGUGAAAAGCCAAAAUAUCGGCCAUCUUCAAUCUUUAUUGUUGCCCAUUUCUUAUUUCUAGCAAGCAACAUCUCUUCAAAGAGUUGAUUUAUGCAUUUUCCACAUUUUCAAAAAAUGUGGGAAGCUACCUUACCCUAAACCAGUUUCUAAAUGGCAAAUAUAUUUGCUAACCUGUAAACAGUCACUCGGACUUUUUUUUUGUUUGGUUCUUAUUCCUUUUUAUGAAAAGUUGCUGUAUAUUUGGUUUCAAAAACUCAGAAACAUAGAAAUAUCUUUCUAGAAAACUUGUCUGGAUCAACAGAAAUUUUAUUUUCUAAUUUCUAUACAGUUUUGAAAUAAAUACACAAAACAAAAUAUCAUGUUAAAUUUUAACCUAAAACGAUGAAAGGAUUUUUCUCCAAAGUAAAUAAACCAUGCAUGUUUGUUCUUGUUGAAUAUCUUAUUUUGAUAAUUGCAUCAGUAAGCCUACCCCUUUUGCUCAACACAAGGCUCUAGUGUGCGGUGGGUUUCAGUUCAGCAGUUGGGUGGGACUGACCCAGUUCGUUGGCAGAUCCGAAAUGAAAACGGCACGUUAUACGUCACGAUUGAGGAUUGAAAUAGAAAACAGGCUUUACACUUGACAUGCAGAUGGAUCUAUAUGGUCUGGAAAGUCUAAUUAAAGUCAUAAACAUAAAUUUUAAUUUUCUCAAUAUAUAUAGAAGAAUUAGUUCUAUUUGGAGAGGAAAUUUCCUUCAAUGGGAUGCAAAUGGUAAAUCGCGACACACUGCCGCUGGCGAACGUUGAUUUCUCCUUGUCCGUGAAUAUCAAGACAAGCCAAGGUGGAAGCAUUAUUAGCAAUUUACCGGAAAACCGAAGAUGGAGGAAUGUAUCUAAAGCUCUAUGCGUCGAUCCCACUGCCGGCGUUGUUAAGUUUAUAUCUGGUGAAAAUAUACUUUGUGAGAGCUUUUCUCGUGUGAAUGAUGACAAGUGGCAUGAAAUUGCAGUAGUUUAUUCAAAUGAUGACAAAAGGUAUAUUAUAGAUACAUCUAUAUUCUCAACAUGAGCGCCGUGUUGUAUUGGAUAUAUAAGAACUCGAGCCGAAUAAAUGGCUUGCAUUGUAAAACGUUUUGAUGAGAACAUUCGUAUUCUUCAACAAUUUAAAAUAAAUUAUUUAGUAAUGAUAUUUCAGGUUGAAAAUAAAAUAUAUGUAAAUCAGCAUGGUUUUGUAUCAGAUGUAUACAUGCAGAGUCACUCUUUCACUCUCAACUCAUGGUUUCUUUUGUGUUUUCUUCGUUAAUUAUUAUUCGAACCAGUUCCUAAUAUUAGUUCAAAUGAAUCAUUAAAAUAAUAUUAAGUUAAAGUAUUCAGUUUGUUCUUCUUUAUCGCACUACAAUUCCCAUCCAAAAUAUGCUGUAUACAUCAAAAAAAUAUUGUGUUAGCUAUUCAAUACAUUGCGUCAUUGAUGGCGCCACCCUAAUAUUUAAUAUCUCACGGAUAUUGCCUAAAGCCUAGCAAGUUUACCAAUACUUAUAAUUUUAAAGUUUUCAGUUGAAUAUUGUCCCUAUUGUUUACUAUAGCUAUAUUAGCAAACUUUGCAGUUUGCAUGAAUUAAAAUUACAAUUUUUCUAUUUAUUUUACAUUUAGCCUUGCGCUGUACGUCGAUAAAGGCUUAGAAGGUCGUCUGAACUAUCGCCUCCCAGAAGAGAGCCAAGAGUACGAUAUGAAAAUUGGCGCGGCUCCAUUACAUUCAGGCCACGGGAUUGGAAAUUUUGUUGGCUCAAUGAAGAAAUUUGUGUAUUACCGCAGCACCAAGUAUAACGAUAUGGUCAGGGGAGACGGUUAGUGAAUUAUAAUAACUGCAGUAAAGUAGUUUAUAUAAUAACUACAGUGAAACACGCAAUUUGAUUGGUCAAUAGCCGUGCAGGAACAGGCUAUCCUGCACGAGGAAUUAAAAUGCCUUCGCGGGAUUCUCAAAAUGCAAUUGUUUCACUGUAGUUAUUUUAUAAAACAAUUACCAAAUGGUUUUCCGAGCAGGACAGCGUGAUCCAUGCACUUGGGCUGUUGCUCGACUUUCGGAAAGCCAUAAAAAUACACUCUCCUGCGGCUCGAGUAUUUUUACGCUUUCCGAAAUUCUCGCGACACCCUCGUGCAAGGAUCACGCAAUCCUGCACGGAAAACCAUUCGGUAUUCCUUUAGUACUUGCAGCCAGAGCCUACCAACUAUUUGACGAUGUGCUUCAAUUUCAGUUUAAAAUCGAAGCUUCUGCAUGUUUAUGUAAAUCAGGAAGAAACCUAUGUCCGAUUUAUAAAUAUUGAUUAAAUAAUUCAUUUACUGUAUAUUGAAUUUUCUUUAUGAAUAGUUAAUGAGUACUGUAUUUAUAUUUCUUCAAUUCUAUAAUAUGCGCAGACCGUUCUUUUGUUUCAAAGUUCAGCAUAUUUCAAUCAAUUACGCGUGAUUGUUUUUGUGAUAGAAAGGUAGGGAGCUUAGUAUAGGGAUGGAGGGCAUAAAAAAUCUCUUCCUCUGAAAGAAGUGAGCUUUAAUUAAUAAGGAAAGGGGAUUAUUUUAACGGGAAUUAAAAUUACUAAAACCACGGAUGAAUCUCUUCGCUUGAAAAAACGUGUCAUGUUUUUACGUUGGAACAUUCAGGAAUGCGACUACAUUCUUAACAUCGUGAAAUCGAUCGAUAUCAUGAAAAUAGUGACAUCUGAUCGGUCCACGAGAAAUCAGUUUUGCUGGUAUAGUUAAUGGCAUUUUUUAGCAGAACAAAGCGAAGGAAUUCAGUCAAAUUCCCGAAUGUUUUGACACAAAACAAGGCACGUUUUCUGGGGCGAGAGGAAUCAUCCGAAUUUUUGGUAAUUAAAGGUUUUACGAAACUUCAAAAUGUCCUGUUUUUAAAUCACCUUUUUUAGCAUAUUUCAAUAAGAUUCGAACUUAUACCUCCAAAAUAUCAAAAGUAUGAAAAGGACUACCAUAACAAAUUUAAAUAUAACGCAUAUUAAUGAAUCUUUAACUUAUUGAAGCGUGUAUAUCAUUUAUUUUUCCUUACAACAGGAAAUGUGGAAUAUGAAAUUGAUUUCAUGCAAGACCAACGGAGGAUCGAAGAUGGAGAUGAUACGUUCAAAAAUCAAGGUGUCCUUGUGCCCGACGACUUUGACGUAGUUGAUCCUUCAAAAUUGGCCCAGGGCCAGGGUUCUAGCGAAUGGCAAGUGCAGGACAAGAAACGAGCAAGAAGCAAAAUCAUUUUUGAAAUAAGGAGACAGCUACAAAGUGAAGAUAUAAUGAGUGACGAGGAAGAAAUUGGUAUUCGUGACGUAUGGCAGUUACAAAUCAAAAAUCGCUGGCGCUUGUACCGCAAAUGGGUCAGAAAUAUCAGCCAGCAGCACCAAAACACCAUCGCAAGUGUGCAGGCCGAAUACGACCGAGGAAUCAAAGAACUACAAGAGUUAUGGAACGCGCAAAAUUACGAACUUCUCCGGGAAGCGCACGUCAUAGGAAUGACAACGACUGGUAAAUAUCAUCACGAUACUAGUGCUAUCAUCAUUAUCAUAAUUAUAGCAUUCCAUGUAAAUUUCCCCAUAAACAGAAAAAUUAAAAAUGCCUAAUUUGUUUUCCCUUUUUAAAAUCAAUUAUAAUAGUGUUCAUAUUAUUUCUCAUAUUAUCUCAAAGUACAAAUUCGUAAUAUAAUUUCAUAACAUACUGUAGCUUUUAGUAUUUGCUACCAACGCCAAUGUGCAUAGGCAUAGAUAUAUUAUUUAUACGUAAUCGGAUCGUUUCUCGUAGAAUUUGGACAAAAUAAGCACUCGUGAGUUUUUGAAAGACCUCAAAUGGCACUCGUCCUUCGGACUCGUGCUAUUUUGAUGCUCUUUGAAAAACUCACUCGUGCACUGAACUCGAAGUCAUCCUAUUACCUAUACUAAGGGACCGGUCAUAAAGUAUUUACUAGGAUGUGUGGAGGAUUUUUUGGGGGUACGAAAAAACCCCAGAAUCUGAGGAGGGUACGAAAAAAACAACAGAACCUCUAGGGGGGUACCAAAAUCUGAAUACUAUAGGUACGGAAAAAAUUACAUUUUAUAAUUAUUGUUGAAUAUUGAAUGUAUUUGUGCCCAUAUUUAAGUUUAUUUAUUUAACGAUACUAUAAUUAUUAUUAAAUCAACACAAAGUAUAUAUGCUUCAGUCUGACUCAAUGUCAGAUGAUAAGUAGGAUUCAGUAUCCAUGGAACUUUUGAAAUACAAAUCUGAUACAUCUGAAUUGUCAGUGACAAUGCUAGCAAGCUAAGGCCUGUUUCAAUUGCUUGAAUUAUGUGCAUGCAAAAUUCGACGUAUGAAACGAGUAAAUGCGACGUUUUUAAUUGCGGUCGACCUUAACUUUAAAUUCGACCCGACCGGUCGCAUAAUGCGAGCUAAGUGCGAGCUAAAUGCGACCUGUUUCAGACGUCGCAUUUUGCAUGUGUCGAAUUCAAUUCUGCUAGGGUGGGGCUCGCGAAAAAAGUCUGGAACGAGGUAAAAGAAGGACGGCAUGUAGUGUUAAUGGAUCAAAUUUCGCGUGUAGGACAUAGAAUGGUAAUAAUUUCAUGUUUUUUUUGUGUGUUUGUGUGAAAAAUAGUCAAUAGCCUGAUGUGAGUUUACAUACAAACGAAAAUAAAGUCGCGAAAAAGAACAUUUAUACAUAUACGGGACUACAUAGUAUUUUUUUCGUGCUUUAAAUAAGACGAGCCACGGCUGAUUUCGCUGGUAUAGUCGUAUAAAUGGCCCUACUGACAUACUGAUUACUGUGUUUAUUUUUGAGCGAAACUUCGCUCUUGUUGUUUACGUUAAACCACAGCUAGGUUAAAAAUAAAUGUCAAUCUAUUAUUUAAAACUAUCAAAGGGGCGUGUCUACACUCUACAACACUUACAAUUUCGAAUUAAAUGCAUGCAAAAUGCGACGUUUGAAUCAAACGUCGAAUUUCAUUGAAUUCGCUCGAAUGAAAUGCGAAUUGUAUUCGACACAUGCAAAAUUCGACGUUUGAACCAGGCCUAACACCAUUAGAACCUGUUAAUGAUUGAAGGGGGUGGGGGUAUGAAAACUUUCACUUACAUUGAAGGGGGGUUCCGAAAAUUUUUCUAUAGGUUUUUGGGAGGGUAUCGAAAUAUGUACUUGAAAUUUCAUUUAUCCUCUACCCCCCUCUAGUAAUUACUUUAUGACCGGUCCCUAACAUAUAUAACUUAAUUGGGUUUUUUGUUUCGGGAAUGGAUCUUUGCUCAUUAUUCCAUCUAUUAAGAAGAUAUAUAUGAUUUUUUAUCUUUGUUUCUCUUUUUCUGAGUCACUUGUCCAGAGCCAGCUAAAACCGAUUGGCUGUUUCUAUCUCAGUCAUUCAAAUUUAAGGGCUAAUAAAUAAAUUCUAGCUGUCGGCAGAAUGUACUACAUCGCCCGCUAAAGUUAUCAUAAUAUGUACAUUUGUUGAUAUUGCUGUCGUCAUUUUUGUUCUUCUUUCUAUAUUGCAUUCAUUGUUUUUUUUUGUUACACGCACAUUUGCCAGACGUUUUGUUUAUAAUUAUUAGGUGCGGCCAAAUAUCGUAACCUUUUACAUCGUAUAAAGCCAAAGAUAACAAUUGUUGAAGAAGCGGCCGAAGUUUUGGAAUCCCAUAUCGUGACGGCUUUAACUGGAGGAUGUGAACAUCUAAUUCUGAUCGGAGAUCACAAGCAGUUGCGACCAAAACCCACAGUGUUUCAACUGGGAUUGGAUUAUCAACUCGAUAUAUCUCUUUUUGAAAGAAUGGUUGAAAAUAGUAAGUUAUAUAGGGUUAGGUGUUAUUAGGUGUUUAUUGAAAUAACGGUCACGAUGAAAUUGGCCGGGGGUGGAAGGUCGAGGAACAUUUUCCUUAAAUAUUUAACAUUCCUACCCCUAUAAUCUUGGCCUAUCUACGGGAGGAGGCAAAUAUUCAUUCCAAUUCUGUUUCAAAUAUUCAUAUUCCUUUUCUUAAUAUUUAUAUUCCUGCCUAAAUAUUCAUAUUGUGAGAAUAAUAAGAUAUAAGAGAUACACAAGUUGUGAUUAUAUGCUUAUACAGCAUGCAUGCCAGCGAAAUAGCGAAAGGGUUUAAAAUUAUUCGCUUCCAUGAGUGUAUAUAUACACGAUAUAAUUAAGUAUAUGGUCAUAUUUCACAGUUGAAACAAGCCUGGCCUAAUCUUGAACAUUUGAAAGUACAGUAGCUAGUGAACUUAAAUAGCCACAUUAAAAAGAAUACCGAGGGAAAAUCUAAAAUAGUCGUAUACUUGUUUGAAUUUCAGUUAUUUACGUUUAUAAAAACUGCCCUUUUUUGUCAAAAGGCGAAGUGAAAAAAUCAAACUGGUAAAAUACAUAAAUAUUCCACACGCGAGAUGCAACAAUGCUGACUAAAUCGUGUUUUUCAGGUCUUUUGCAGAAACAGGAAAAAUGGCGGACCCUUAUAUCAGAGGAUAUAGAAUCGCAGCCAAUUAAACCAGUCAUGCAAAUUGUUUUUCAAAAAGACCGACAGUAGAAUGUAGCAGUUAGCGCGCUAAGUGCAUGAUGCGUGCAUCCACCAGCCUCCCGUCCCGCUAAAACCUAUAGCUGUUGGGUUUUGAUAAAAUUCCCUUUGCCUUUUUAGAUAUGCCUUUUGCUUGCCUGAAAGCUCAGCACAGAAUGCGUCCUGAAAUUUCCGUGAUGAUGCGUCCUAUCUACAACAAUUUAAUAGAUCACGAAUCGGUGCUUCAUUUUGAAACAAUCAAAGGAAUCAACAAGAAUAUAUUUUUUGUUGAUCACCAAGUAAAAGAGGUAAAUAUUUUUCACUGCAUCUUAAUUUAAACAUCAAACAAGAGGCCUGUUGAGGCAUGUACUCUUCCCGCACCGCGGGCAGCAAAACAAAAAUGGAUAAUAAUUUGCGUUCGAAAAUUCAAUCUACAAACAACCCAUCUAGCUAGCAAAAUAGACAGCCUGUAGUUUCUGGUGUGAUGCAGGAAGUUCACAAGGGUUUGUUACCGUGUUAAAAUCUUAAUUCAAAAUUUUAUUAAAAUUUAAUUUGUUUAUACCAAGAGGAACAAAGCACUUUUCACCUUUUUCCUGUAGUUUCAGGUGUGAUGCAAGAAGUUCACAAGGAUUUGUUACCGUAUUAAAAUCUUACCGAUUCAAAAUUUUAUUAAAAUUUUGUUUAUACCAAGAGGAACAAAGCACUUUUCGCCUUUUUGGCAGAGAACCCAAUCACUAACUUUUUGAAAGCUUAGCCAUAACCCACUUACACCCUUUCCUCUCGCACCUAAUGCAAAGCCACAUCUAAUCGCAUGCAGUCUAAGUCUUUUUAGUACCCUUUCUGGUUUACCCUUCAAAUCGAGAUUGCCAUAAUAUCUGACACAACACGGCUGCUCGUGCUGUACCAAUUAUUUUAACGAGCAUGCACCUAUCAAAUUGAGCAAUCGAUCUUUUGGAGCACCAAGAGAUCGAUUUUUUGGAGCUCCAAGAGCAUGGCGUUUUUUAAACCGAAUGAAACGCGAUAAUAUACUAUUACAGAAAGUCUUUUCCCUUGGCUGUAGAGCCUCGCUUUCGCAAUUGAUAUAUCGACUUUAAACUAAAAAAAGCGAUGCAUCUAUCUUGUUACUUCAAAUGUUUUAUGACGGAACUUUCUCUAAGCCGCAUUUUAGUAAUUCUGUGUUUGAAUAAUUAGACCACAUAGGCUUAGUUAUGAUAUAAUCUUUAGUAAGAUAAGAUAAGAUAUAAUAAGAUAUAAUAAAAUAAUAAUAAUAUAUCUUUAUAAGAUAUAAUAUGAUAUAAUCUUCAGUCACUUUUUACCUGAAGAUGGAGUUAUACUCCAAAACGUAGUUAUUAAAAUAAUUUUUUUUGUACUAAGCCUAUGUGGUCUAUAAUUAUUCAAACACAGAAUUAUCCUGUUACGUGGUUGGUUACGUAAUUAUAUAAAGGACUUUGACACUCCUAUUAUAACAGUCUAAGUAUAACCAUAAACGUAUCAAUGUAAUUCAAAUCACAGAAAUCGGUUCACUCUACCCCUAUGGCAAAUGAAACAAACUAAUACCUUACACAUCAACACGUAUCGCAAUAUGCAUCUUAGUUCGAGCAUUUUAUAUUUCUAUUUAGGAUGCCUUAGAUGAAAAUCAAAGCCACUCAAAUAUCCACGAGGCAAAAUUUAUUGGUUCGUUGUGUCAAUACUUACUCCAGCAAGGUUACUCGCCCUCUCAAAUCACAGUACUAACACCUUACAGUGGUCAACUGUUUCAACUAAAGAAGUUUAUACCAAAUAAAGAUGGUUUAAGAGUUUGUGUGGUUGAUAAUUUCCAAGGUGAAGAAAACGAAAUCAUCCUACUAUCUCUGGUUCGAAGCCAAGAUAUCACGACGAAAGAAAAAAGGGACAUUCGUAGGUUGAUUGGGUUCCUCGCAAUUGAUAAUCGCAUUUGUGUGUCCUUGUCGCGAGCAAAGAAAGGUUUCUUCUGUAUUGGGAAUUUAACCUUGAUGAGAGCAGCAAAUGAUCUUUGGUCAAAAAUUUUAGAUGAUAUGGAACAAAGGGGUUGUGUUGGAAAAUCCCUACCACUGGCAUGUCAAAAUCAUCCGACAACAAUCACCCAUGUUAGUAACGACUAUGAUUUCAACAAAGCGCCGAACGGUGGCUGCAACGUCCCCUGUGGAACAAGACUGGUUUGUGGUCAUAGAUGCGAGCAGCUGUGUCAUCCAACUGAUCCUAAUCACGAAGAAUACGACUGCAGGAAACCCUGUCCAAAAACAUGCGAACGUGGUCAUCGGUGUAAACGUCGCUGCUACCAGGAGUGCAAUAAAUGUAUGGAUGAGACAUUCAAGGUUAUUCCCCGUUGCCAACAUCGUCUCGUCAUGCCCUGUCAUCAGGAUCCCUCCACUUUUCAGUGUACCAAGCCAUGUCCAAAGAAGCUUCGUUGUGGUCAUGCAUGUCCAAAUAAAUGUGGAGAACCUUGCGCAAGAAAAUGCAUAGAGGAGGUUCUCAAACCUUGGUCUCCGUGCCACCAUACAUGCAAAACUCGAUGUCAUGUUGAUCCUGCAAAGACUGAGUGCCCGCAUCCUUGUAAAAGUUUACUGACAUGCGAACACAUCUGUCAAGGUACAGUAAGUAAUUGAGCAUUAGUGAGCUUAAAUUAGGCAAGCGACGUGUUUUUCAACACGGACGUCGCCCGAAAAUUGAUAUUCGUGCUGUACCGUGCCGUGCCCAAACAAAAUCGUACAGUGUGUCCCAAAAAAAGGCUACCCUUUGAAGUCAAGCGCUAGUGCCGCAUGUUCGAAUUUGAAUGCUUUAACUCCCUAAUGAGCCCUGGAAUGCGUAAAACGUUAUAGCAGAGCAUUUUUAUGCAUGCAUUGCAAAUUAAUUGAAAUUUGUUCCGCUAAAAUAACACAGAAUGGAAUGCAUGAAUAUACGUGUAUAACGUUUUACGCAUUCCGGGGCUCAUUAGGGAGUGUAAAGCAUUCAAAUGCGGCACUAGCGCUUGACUUCAAAGGGUAGCCUUUUUUUUGGGACACACUGUAUGUUCUGUCAAAUGUGUUGAAGUUUACCACAAACUCGCACAAACAUACUUUCCAAUGCAGUCCCUCCUCUACAAUCUGACUUUGUGUUGACACUUUACAAAACUUUACAAAAUUAUACUUUUUCCAAAUUUGAGAUUCCCUGCAAUAAACCACACGCAAGGAAGUGAAGUAUAUAUGUCUCCUCACAAAUUUUUGUAUCGCAUUCCUAUAAUGCAGAAUUCAAGUUACUCGAAUGUGAAUAGCAUUUUUAAUAAGGUUCGUGCUAAAAUGAGUUAUUUAUUUUGUGCUUCAAUUCAAAAUUCUGAACAUGCAAUGGGGUGCCAUCGUGUAUUAUUAGAACACCUUAAUCAAUAGUUUUCUACAUAUACCGGUCUUCGAUUUAUCUGGUUGCAAAUCUCAGAUAUAAUCAAAAUUGUUAUAUUGCCCUAUACCAACAUACAAUACCUAGGAUAAAUAUAAUAUUUUUCAAUAAUAUUUCAAUCAUAACGUACUUGGGCAAAACAUUGCCACGUAGUGCUACAUCUAUCUUCAGUUUCUACGGUCCGGAAAACCAAGGUAAACCCUCUAAUUGUACAUUUGACGUCCAAUUUUCGUCACAGUUCAACCAAAAUGUGAUCACAAAUUUUCGAAACACUUCGGUAGAUUUUGAUGUAAUCCUGCUCACAGACAAACAAACCCACACAAAAAUAAAACAUUACGGAGAUAAUAAUAUUUUCAGCAAGUAUAAACUGCACGUCAUAUGAAUACACCAACAGAUUUUUUCAACUAUGUGGAGCAUGCAAUUCUUAAUAAUGUUAGAACUACUCUCAAUUUUCUACAAUUUUCUUGCUUAUUUUAGGGACUUGUGGUGGAUGCAAACAUGGACGUGUUCAUCAACCUUGUGCUUCAAAAUGUGGCCGUGUCAUGUUUUGCGACCACAACUGCAAAGUGCCUUGUACAAAGAACUGUCCACCAUGUCCUGAAAAGUGCGAAAACAGGUGCUCUCAUAGCGAUUGCCACUACAAAUGUGGACAGCCAUGUACAGAAUGCAACGAAUCUUGCCAGUGGAAGUGCAGGCAUUGGAAAUGCACCAAGUUAUGUGGUGAGAUGUGUAACCGGCCUCGCUGUAGCGAGCCAUGUAUGAAAAGAUUGAAGAAAUGUGGUCACCGGUGUGCUGGCCUGUGUGGCGAACCAUGCCCAAAGAAGUGUCUGGUUUGCGACAAAGAUGAACUGACCGAAAUUUUCUUUGGCUAUGAGGAUGAAGAAGGAGCAAGAUUUUUAGAGCUAGCUGAUUGUGGUCACGUAUUUGAAGUGAAUGGAAUGGAUGGCUAUAUAGACACGCAAGAGAAGGAGAUGAAAAAAGGUCAAUCUACAAGCAUACAGAUGAUCAAAUGCCCAAGAUGUAAAAAAGCAAUACGCACAAGUCUGAGAUAUGGUUUGUACUCCAAAUAUAUAUUUUAUCCUAUUAAUGAGUUACGAUAAUUUGUAUCGAUUUGAGCUUACUAAUAUUAGUGGGGCGGAUAAGCGCACAGUUUCUCAAUAAUUGUGCAUGCAGUUAGUGAUUAGGAAAGCAUGAUGAUAUAUUGACAGUAUGUACAGACUUUAAAACAAGUAUAUGAAUAUCAGAUAUGCAGGCAUCUGUGAAAUUAACGCUGACCGAUAACUAAAAAUUUUGAAUUUCUGACAUUUUAAUAUAAACUGGCUUUAAUUACUGAUAGAAAUUUUAAAAUUCCAAGGCAGCUCACGGAAAAAAGUUGUAUGGUUGAAACGUACACAAAAAUUGUCUAUAGCAUAUUAGUUAAUUAAAGCAGUUUUUUAUUUGCCAAUUAAGUCGUUUUUAAGUUAAUCAAUUUCGAAAUCGCACAAAAUAGAUAAAAAGUAGGUGCAAAGACUGGCACUAGCUUCAAAUCGCCUUUUUUGCUCCAAUCUCGAAACCAGAGCCCGUAAUCCUCUGUGGAGGCUUGCUGAGGCUCUGGGAAACACCGGCGAAAGUCGGGCUCUGAUUGGUUGUUUUUCAAGAUCCUCGUCCCCAGGCCCAAGCGGCCCUCAAUGUUUUUCAAGUGCUAAUUAUUAUUCAAACUUUGAGGCGUAUUUAGGUAUUCGGAUUUCAAACAUCGUUUAAAAUUAAUAUAAAGUUUAUUUCUCUUUGUGUAUUAUGUUUAAACAUAUCAAUGAAACACACAGCAUAAUAUUAAUAAACUUAUUAAGCUUUCCUAGCUUCUCAUAUGAAAUCAAAAGACUAUUCUAUUUCUAGCCUGCGUAGCAGGCGUAUAGUGCGGGCGGGAGAAGAGAGGGCGUCGUUAAAUAAACGCCUGUCCAAAUGCCUAUGAUUAAUUUGUUCUUCUCCGAAGAAUCUUCGGAAAAGCUUCCCAUUGGUCAAUCUCGUUAGCGGAAGUAAUUACGUAACUCGAAUGUCAACAAUAAUUUUGCUAGCGUAUAUAUCGAAAAUAUGCCGCCUGUUAUUGCUUUUCGAGGAAACUCUUAUAUUUCAAGUAUUUAGGCUUCAAAAUUCAGUUGAAACCAGAAUAGAGAAAGUCUAUUAUUAAUUUGCUACGUGGUGAAGACGCCGGUUAUCGCGAUUCUUCCUACGGAAUACGGAAUUGGAAAAUCUGCAAAUCAAAGCUUGCCCGAGCGGCAGGGAUAGACCUCAUGGUUGUCUUGUUUAAUAUUUGUUCACUUUGAAGUAUAAUUCAAGACCAGAUAGUUGAGGCUACAUCACUUGGCAUUGCAGCUAUGAGGUUGGAUGAUGAUUUUAAGAAUAACAUUUCAAAACAUGCUCAACUGUUAUAAUUUUGCAGUUAAUUUGCUAUACGGCAGAAUACGUUAAACAACCGUGGUUCAGGAGCCUUUUAAAAGAUAAAAGCUCUCUGACUGUGUUGUGACUGUUGUCUAAAAUAGCUUCAAAAACUCAUUAAUAAUUCAUGAGGAAGCAACACAAAGAAAAAUCAUAAACGUGUAUCUUUAUAUGUGAUAGAGAUUUCCCUUGAUUUACAUACAACGAAUUUUUUUAAAGCUAUUUCGCCAAUGAACUUAUACUGUAGAUCGAUCGUUUUUGAAGCAAUUUAAAACAUUCGCAGUGCGUGUUUUAUCAGACCAUCUUUAUAUCUGAUAAAACUCUGCUGCUCAUGUUUUAAAUAGUACAUAAAGUCUCUGCAAAUCUCCCGAUAGUUGCCGAGCAAAAAGCAUGCAUGAUGCUAAAUAUAAAUCUCGACUAUGAUUGGAUAAUUGGUGAAGGUGCUAAUUACAAUACGUCAAUCAUCCUUAAUGGUCGAAAACAAAUUUGUCAUAGCCAUUUGGGCAGGCGUUUCCUUAGCCUGCGAACAGGCUCACUGGGAGAAAGGUGAGCCUGCACGGAACCAUGCGUUUUAUUCAAUCAUCCCCUUUUCGCAUCUGCUAAACGUUAACCAAUCAGCGUCGACUGCGAUAAAUAAACUGUCAACUGUCAAAUUGACGCAAGGCGUGUACAUUGUGCAACAUGAACAAUAAUACAAAGCAUUAGCGGGCCGCACAAUAUAUUACUCGGAAAAAUAUAGAAUUCUUCAAAUAUUAAAUAGAUAUCAAUACACAUACAAAUAUAAAGCCGAAUAAACUACCAUUGGCUUUGAAUGUACAGUAAUACUUGUACUAUGUGCGACUGAAAGAACAAUGUUCUGAAUAUUUUGAAGCUAUUACUAAAAUACGGUCAGAUAGAUUGGGAUUUGGAAUACCGAAUACGUUUAAAAUUUUACUAACUGUGGUCUAAAUAAAUGAUAAAUGAGCAUGUAUUUAUUAAUUUCUUCGAAAUCACGAGUGUGCCAAUAGUGGAAGCCGUAUCGACGACGAAAUUGUCAGCAGUUAAUAUACAGUAAAUAGUACAACGUUUACAGUAAUGUACGAUAUAUAUUUAUCUAAAUGACAUGCCAGCGAGGAUCAACAAUAUAAUUAUUCGUACAUAUUUGGGUAUCUUUUGUAUGCCUUCGCUUGCUGACUUGCUCACUAAUGAGAAUAAUCCGUGAAGCCACGACGACCUCAAAAUGUACUAUACUAUAGUCUGAUGUCAAUCCGAAGACGAAGUUCAGAAUACUGUUAUAGUUUCGUAUAUUGGAUUUAAGCGAUAGAUUCAAGUCAUUUAUGAUAGACUUUUUUGCUGUGAUGCUUUGCUAUUGCUUUUGGUUUCCAUUUCUAGUUUUAUUUGUUCGAUAGUCCUAUAAUAUAUAAUAUUAAAAUGAACAAAGUUCAAAUUCUUCAAAAUGCUGUUGUUGACAUUUGCUAUUUUUAGUAAUUUUGUCAACGAGUGUAAGCCAAUCAGAAGCCUGCGUUUCUAUACGAACGCCACUACCAAGAAAACCUAUAGUUCCGUGCAGGCCCUCUAUUCUUCGCGCCGCCCGCAACCCAGGGCCUGUUCGCAGGCUAGCGUUUCCUCAGUUCCCGCGCCCGUCAAUUAAACGCCUGCUACGCAGGCUAUUCUAUUUCUGAUAUUGAUAUGCUAUAAAUAACAAAAUUAGAAUAACAACAGUGCAGCAUUACCAUAUUAGGUCAUGAUAAGCCGUUGCCUAUAAUAUUUAAAAUAACACAACAAUCCAUGAUUUACCGUAAUUAAACAAGUUAAAAUAAAUCACUACCAGUAUCUUACAACAAUUCAAAACCAUGGCAAGUGUUCUUUGAAGAAUUAAAGUCGUAAUAAGCUUAAACAACUGCAUAAUUCAUGUUUGACGGCAGUAAUGUCUAUUUAUAAAUGUCGAGCGGAGUACUGGAUCCAAAUGUACUGAUUUUCGUGCAAAAGUCGCCGGUGUUUCCCAGAGCCUCAGCAAGCCUCCACAGAGGAUUGCGGGCUCUGGUUUCAAGAUUGUUUUUGCUCAGGAAAUAUUUGGAAAAUAAAAACUGCUUCAAUGUUCUGUAUGCAUUUGUGUCUAUUAUUUUGCCAUAGAAGUGAUAAAACUCAUUUUUCUAGUGAAUUUUAAUUUAGUACUUAAAAGUACUUCAGAAUUCGAGCAGUAGUAGAAAUGUAUAAUAAAAUGUCAGAAAUUCCAAAUUUUUGGCUAUUAGCGCUAAUUUCACAGAUGCCUCCAUAUCUGAUAUUCAUAUACUUGUGUCAAAGUCUACAACGUCCUGUCAAUAUGAUGGUUUCCCUACAAAAUGCACAAUAAACUUAUCCGCCCACUAUAUUGAGAUAGAUAGUUUUCUCGUUUUCCAUUUUUGUCGACGUUUUAAUACCUAAUAAUACAGUUUGAAUACGAGUGAUUCCUAUAUACAGGUGUACUGUAUAGUCCAAUUAUCGGAACCAAAGUAUAAAGUCUUUCAGUAGAAGUAAUAUAUGAGGGAUAUUAGACGGUUGCAAGGAGAUAUGGAUUUAUAUUAUACCUCAAAUUCAAAUUGUCCAAUCAGGAAGCUUAGUUUGUGCAACGUGAGCAUGAAAUGAAAAUGAAAAUGUCGGGAAAUUUUCGAACUUCGUAUGUAAUCAUCCUCGUACCCAGGGUCUUUAGAAAAAUUUAACCUGGGUACGAGGUUGGGGUGAAAUACGGAAAAUACGCGCGUCUGGUCCCGGAUAUAGUGACGUAUACGAGUUUUACGAGUGUUUUAGUUUCCAGUAAAACACGGCCAUUGUCCAUAUAAUAAAGUCAGAUACUACUCCUGGUCUAUCACGAUAUGAUGGUCUAAAAACUAAACAGAAGUCAUUUAUAUAUUCUAUGUAUUUUUAUAUAUCCCUGACAAAGGUGUGCAAUGAUCUUUUUCUAUAUUUUAGGAAAUAUCAUCAAGGCAAUCCUUCAAGACUUUGAAGGAGUUAAGAAAACCAUAUCUUCUAGAGGUGCUGCGUCUAUAAGAAUGUUUGGAGCAAAAGUGAGACAAGAUAUUGCGAGCGGCCACAUGGAAAGCGAGUUUCCCGCAGAAAUCUUAAACAUCGAACGAAAGUUAGAAAGAUUAACAACAAGCGAAGAACAAAAUGUCAUUAAAAAUCAAGUUCAAUUCCUGAAAUUUAUGACCAAGUUGAAAGAAAUUAUCAACCGAGCAGAAUCAGUAAAACGCAGACCUGUUCAUCACAGAAAUUAUUUUUGGGAAGAUGACGUAAGUACCGAUGACCCAGAAAUAGAAUUGAUGAAGUGUGAACUGGAUGGCUUGUUGAAAUGGGUGAUGAAGGAUCGAAGGCGAUUCAGCGAGCAAGAACUGGAGGAAUUUAACGAAGAACUUCAUCGUGCGUGGCUGAUGCUCUCGUACCUGGCUUUAAAAUUAGAAAUAAGAAAAGGAAAGAUCAACCUAUCCGAAAGCGAGACUAGAUAUAUGGCAUACGUGACGGGAAACCUUGAAACUGGAGCUAAACUUAGUAAGUAGAUUUUCGGUCGUACAAAAGCCUCGUGCGUACGCACAGGAGGUGUUAAAUUACACCAAACAUGCGUGCGAUUUCCAUUUAUACUUCUCAAUCAAUAUAACUUCCUAUACAAAUUGCACUUCACUGUUACUAUAUAACAGUUAGUUCGUUGCAAUUCCCUGUAAAAUAUUAUUCCGUUGGCGUAUUUCAAGACGUACACCGCCCUGCGUAUUUUUAAUUUUCUGCCCGUAUGGCUCGUAUAAGCAGGGCCCUUAUAUGGCUCCAGUGAAAUGUUUUAUUUUCUUGCUCUUGUUCAUGCACCUUUUCCUACAAGCCAACAACCACGCAAUCCGGCCUUAUAAACAUGUGUUUAAGUGCAACAUUUAAUUAAUUAAGUUACUGUAUGCAUUUAGGCGAGAAGAUUAAAAAGAAUUGCUCAACAUGUCUUGAGCACAUUACACGUAACAAAGCACUCGGCGUGAAGUACACAGCCAUAACUGAGGAGGAAAAGAAAAUCAUUGUGAAAGCCAUUGGUCUCGCACAGGGUCACUGGUUUAAAUGUCCUAAAGGUAAAUGAUAUAGCACGCAGCUAAUAACAAAAAUUUGGUUUGUAUGAAUGCAACUUUGCGAAAAAUACAAAGAGAAAAUUCUAUGUUACGAAAAAAAAUUGAUUUUUUCCCGUCCCUGCUAUCCUAACUUCCCGACAAAAGGCAUUCCCAUGUUAUUUAUUUUUGUCAACCAAAGUUAUGCAACUUGUAUGUUUGUGUAUUAAAACUCACUCUGUUUAGGGUGAUAAGUACACAAAAACCUUUUCACUUGGUGAAUUUUUUGCUUUCUUGGGAAAGUAUUAUAUUUAUAUUAAUAUUAUAUGCGUUGUUUGAUAUUUUUCACUAUAAGACAAAAUUUUGGGUUUGUUUUGUUUUUCGUGUUUUUGAUUGUUUUCAAAUGAAUUAGCAUAAUUAGUUUAUGAUUUAGAAUCCUCAAAUCCCAAAGUGAGAAAAGUAUGAAUGCGUUAAAACACAUUUUUCAAUCAAACUUGUCGUGGUAAUAAUAAGAUGCAGUUUGCAAUGAUGGCAACAUUAAGAGGCAGUCUCUGUAAUAGCGGUCCACUGCAUUUCGGAUCAGAAAAUAGUUUUCUCCCAAACUUUUACCCUGAAAUAGCACAUACCAAUGAGUUAUGAAACUGACUUUGGUUUUUCAAUUUUCAUAAAAAUAAUUUUUUUACAGCGCUUUAGUUCCAGGCGACCGUGUUCGCUGAAUUUGCACUUUUCGUCGACUGAAAAUUACACAUAUUUAAAACAUUACAGCUCACGGAAUAUAGAACUUUGCACCAAGAUCUUUUUCUCAGUCUUGUUCAUUCAUUCAAGUGCAAAAUUCAAGCGAAAUUUUGAAUGUCGAGAGAAAUGUGGGGGGAGGAAAAAAUACACAAUGAUACUCGUUUUACGGCCUUCUUAAAAACACGACAAACUGACCCUCAGAAAAUAGCUUUGAUCUCCUAAGUCCAGCACUAAAAACCUAAAGCUUCUAUUCCAAUCUACUAAUCUAAGGAUGUAUAAAAAGGAUUGAUAAAAACAUUUUGCGCUUUUUAUUUAGAUUCUGCACAACAACCUCGAACUUUUUGUGUUUUUAAUGCAAAUUACAUUAGUUAGGCGGUAAAUAUAAACUGUAAUGAAAGACAGUUAUUUGCUUCAAUUGCGAUGCCCAAACUUGGGCACCACAUUAUAUUCUGCCUGUGAGUUUGUUAGUUUAUCUGUUUGUUAGUUUGUCGGUCCGUUUGUUAGUUUGUUCGCAUCAAACGUUUCCAUAAUCACCUACAAAAAAUUCCUUGCACGUGCUCGGAAUUUGUUGGUUGUUGUCGGUACUCUCAUGAUCGACUGUUUGCUAGGCUUUAUCUCUGGUUUUAUGCGCCCAAUAAGGACAAAAAUACUACCGUUCGAAUUAUCGUGAAAAGUUGUAUUUACGGAUGUCAAAUGUAUUACUAAACAACAGUAUUCUAGCGAUUUAUGGCCUUUGAAAGACAAGCGAAAUUGUAUUGUUCACACUGCCAUCGCUCAUAAUUAUUAAACUAAUUAAAAAUGCAGUACAUUUGACCUUGAUUGACUUCGUAUUGUUGGUUUUCUCUAACCAGUGGUUAGUCUCACUUUUCUCUUUAUUUUGUUAGUAGUUUAAGUCCAAAAUAUUAUAUUUUGAAGGUUUUAAUGUGCAGUUUUAAUAAGCGAAAUUGUAUUGUUGACAAAUCGCUCAAAAUUAUUAAACUAUAAUUAAAAAUGCAGUCCGUUUGAUCCUUGAUAAUUUCGGAAUUGUCGGUUUUCUCGUUUUCGGCCGUAUGCCAGUGGAUUUGUCUCACUUUCUCCUCAAUUUGAUAGUAUUUUGAGCCAAAAAUAUUUUAUUUCGAAGGCUUUAAAACGCAGUUUUGAUCCCAACGUACGGACCAACUGGCGGCCGACAGGAGGAUGUGGCAUGUUAAAUAUAACUUUACUUGACUUGUACAUGUAGGCGGAAACGCACCGCAUUUUAGUAUUGUGUGUGGUUUUUAUUGCAUUCGGAUUUAAAGCAUUACAUUUUUCUUAUUUUCGAAUUUAAAGUUCAUGAAAUUUACCACUAAAUUGUGCCGGACGGCUUUGCUAGCUGAAGUGUUUUAUUGUUUGUGCAAAAUACUUGACUGUUUAUUACGCAAGCUUUGUAUUUUACCGAUGAAAUCGACAUCAGAUCUUUACGUGCUUUCAGCAUGUGACGAAUUAAUUAGUUAACAACACAAAACAACACAUUAAUGACUUAAAAGUCUAAAUUUAAGAUUCAAUCAGAAGGCAUGGCAUGCUUUUUAGAGUUUUCAGAGAUUUUUGCGGAAUGUGGCGUUUCGAAAGCUACCUGAUCUUUACAGAAAGUAUAGUAAAAAACUACUGGCUAUUUGAAAAUUGUAGUUCGUUACAGUAGCGAACUACAACUACCAGGGGGUUAGGUUAAAACGCGGAAGCGGAUGCGGAACGGAUGCGGAACGGAACGGAUAUGCGGAACGGAACGGAUAUGGGGUUAAAAUGCGGAACGGAACGGAUAUGCGGAACGGAACGGAACGGAUAUGGGGUUAAAAUGCGGAACGGAACGGAUAUGGGGUUAAAAUGCGGAACAGAACGGAUAUGGGGUUAAAACGCGGAAUGGAACGGGAAUAAAAUGUUUUUUAAAAGCAGACAUGAUUUUUCAUGUUCCGCGUUUUAACCCAUAUCCGUUCCGUUCCGCAUUUUAACCCCAUAUCCGUUCCGUUCCGCAUAUCCGUUCCGUUCCGCAUCCGCUUCCGCGUUUUAACCUAACCCAACUACCAGGGCCGUAUAUGGUCAAUUUCAGGUAAAUUCAGGUAGAUUUGCAGAAGGAAUUCAGGUAAAUGAACGCAAAUUCAGGUAAUUCCUAGGAGAAGAGAAAGUUAAUUUACAAAAAUAACUGUGAAUUUGGAAAAAAAUGAGGUAUAUUUACAAAAGUUUUAGAAUAUGCUAGAAAUUUUCAGAAUUUUAGAAAUUGUGAUGUUGGGAAAAUUGUUUUUAUGUCGCGAAAAAUUUUGAUAUGUCCGGAAAAAUUUUUUUACCCCUAAAAUGGUACACUGUCCGAAAAUUUUUUGGCGAUGGGGGGGGGUCACCAAAAAAAAUAUUCAGGUAACAAAAAAAUUUUCAGGUAAAAUUCGAAAUUUUGAUACUUUCAGGUUGAUUUAACCAAACGCCCCCUGAAGCGAGUUCCUCGCGACGACACUGACAACUACUUCUCUACUACCCACCCUUGAUUUUUCAUCAUGGCCAUAGGGGCAAUAGGUCUUAUACGCUAAAAAAAUUCCGAAAUAAUUAAUAAUGACAUUCUAGAAGUUGCCCGUCAAUUCAGGUAAAUUCUAGAUUAUAGUUCUAAUUAUUUUUAUGUCUUAAUGUGUCAUGUCAGGCUUUAUAAAUUAACAAAAAGCAAGUUCGAGGUUGCUAUGUAGAAUAUACUAAAAUAAAAGUGCAAAAUGUUUUAAAAAUUAUAAUAUCACUUGCUGCCUUAAGCCUUAAAAUAUAAAGUCACGUUCAGUAAGAUCGGUCGAUUUCGUCGUGGUAUAUGUACAUGUGUUUUGGUUAUUUUUCCUAGGUUUAAGUCAAUUAAGUGAUAUAAGAAUAUCGGAUAUUUAACAGUUAUUCUACGAACUCGAGUCGAAUACGAGCUGAUAGACUUUUAUUACAUACACAAGGUCUGAUAGACUUUUAUUACAUACACAAGGUCUGAAUUCACAGACUUUGCUUUUCGGAUAUUUUCAAUAUUUUUCUAUUAAUUUUUAUGUUUUUAUCUUCGCUCUUUCGGCCGAGUAUUUUUUCAAAAACAUAUUUUUUAACCAUUCUAAAUUUUAAAAAUUCAUUUGCUAACCUGUAAACAAUUUGUGGGAGUUUUUUCUUUGUGUUUUUAAUCCUGUAAAGGUUAUAAAAAGCGAACAACUUGCCAUUUUCUCGUUCGCAAAAUGUCGGAAACUCAAUUUGAGCCGCCAUUUUGUUUUUGAUUGCAGAGUACCUCAUAUCCAGACCUUGCGUAUAUAAUAAAUUUGUAUAUGCGUCUAACAAGAUUUUAUCCGAAGUUCCGAACUCGAACUGAGUAAAAAAACGGAAUUGCUGUUUUGAAAUUCUAUUUUGGUAAAAUAUUAAGCUUGCAUAAUAAACAGUCAAGUAUUUUGCACAAACAAUAAAACACUUCAGCUGGCACCAUUUAGUAGUAAAUUUCUUGAACUUUAAAUUCGAAAAUAAGAAAAAUUUAAUGCUUUAAAUCCGAAUGCAAUAAAAGUUGAAGCAAAUAACGGUCUUUCAUUACAGUUUAUAUUUACCGCCUAACUAAUGUAAUUUGCAUUAAAAACACAGAAAGUUCGAGGUUGUUGUGCAGAAUCUAAAUAAAAAGCGUAAAAUGUUUUUAUCAAUCCUUUUUAUACAUCCUUAGAUUAGUAGAUUGGAAUAGAAGCUUUAGGUUUUUAGUGCUGGACUUAAGAGAUCAAAGCUAUUUUCUGAGGGUCAGUUUGUCGUGAUUUUAGGUUUGAUUUUAUUGAAGGCCGUAAAACGAGUAUCAUUGCGUAUUUUUCCUCCCCCCGGAUUUCUCCCGACAUUCAAAGUUUCGCUUGUAUUUUGCACUUGAAAAUGUUGCACAUCCAAAAGCUGCUUGGAAGACAAUUAAUACCUUACUUGGUAAACAAAAUCAAAGAACUAAAGUAAACGAAUUAAACUUAAAUGGCAUAAAAUUAACAAGCCCUGAUGAAAUUUCUGAGGGCUUCAAUACCUUCUUUUCAAAUAUUGGACCGAAUUUAGCCGAAGAAAUUAGUACACCAGGAUGUCAUUCUAAAGAAUUCCUUGAUAAAACUAAUUCUGAAUUUACUGCAUUCCAGUCAGUUACUGUUAGUCAUAUUUGUCUUUUAUUACGUGAACUGUCUGGUAGCAAAGCUACUGGCCUGGAUAAAAUAUCCAGCAAGAUAAUCAAAAUUGCUACACCAUUAAUUUCCGAUUCAUUGACUUACAUCUUUAAUCAAGCAAUAACUUUAUGUACUUUUCCACAUGAAUGGAAAAUUGCAAGAGUAAUUCCCCUUUUUAAGAAUGGCAAACGAAACUUGCCAGGAAAUUAUCGACCAAUUUCUGUGUUACCAGCCAUUAGUAAAGUUAUGGAACGUAUCCUAAAUAGUCAACUUUAUGAAUAUUUGAGUGCAAAUAACAUACUUUCUGAACAUCAAUUUGGUUUCAGAAAAUUUCAUUCAACUGCAACAGCUUUACUUGAUUGCACAAAUGAUUGGUACAUAAACAUGGAUAGAAAACUUUUUAAUUUGGUUGUAUUUGUAGACCUAAAAAAAGCCUUUGAUACUGUUGACCAUGAGAUCUUAUUGCAAAAACUAAAACUAGUUGGAAUCACAGGAAGUGCAUUUCUAUUACUCAAAUCAUACUUAACUGGUCGUACUCAAAGAUGUGAAGUCAAUGGAUCUAUUUCAGGGGAAAAUGACGUCAAAUGUGGUGUACCCCAGGGGUCUAUAUUGGGGCCACUAUUCUUCUUACUCUAUAUUAAUGAUCUACCUGCAUGUCUGAGUAAAACAAAACCACGGCUGUGUGCUGAUGAUACAAAUAUCACAGCAGCUGGAGAAUGCUUAAGUGAUCUUGAAGAUGCAGUAAACUCAGAUUUAGAAAUGCUUCGUAAAUGGCUCAUGGCAAACAAACUGAGCUUGAAUGUGGCGAAAACUGAAUUUCAAAUUAUUGGUACUAAACAGAUGCUGAAAAAAGCUUCUGUUCAGCAACUUAAAAUUCACAUUCAAAACAUACCCAUAAAGCAGGUUUUUCAAUGUAAAACACUAGGUGUGACUGUUGAUGAAAAUUUGUGUUGGAAGAGCAAUGCAGAUAAUAUAUGUAAAAAGAUAUCAUCUGGAAUAUACGCUCUUAAAAGCAUUAAAGAAUAUGUUGAUCAAAAAACACUUGUUUCCGUAUACAAUGCUAUAAUUCAACCAUACUUUAGCUACUGUUGUGAAGUUUGGAAUAUAUUUGGUGAAACGCAAUCCACGCGUCUCCAAAAACUUCAUAACAGACCUGCUCGUGUAAUAGCAUGUGUGCCUAAUGAGGUAGAUCAACAAACUGUGCUAAAUAUAUUAGGAUGGGAACCACUCAAGGAACAAAGAGUGAAAGCAAAGGCAAAAAUAAUGUUUAAAACGCUAAAUAACAUGGGGCCAAAUUGUCUCAAAGAAUUAUUUACUUUCAAAAAAGAAAUAUUAAACCGCAGUCUUCGUAACAGCUCAAGUACCAUACGUUUGCCCAAGCCAAACACAAACAAUAUGAAAAAGAGUUUCAUGUAUGAUGGAGCUUCCAUAUGGAACUCUCUUCCAAAAAAUAUAAGAGAAAGUAAUUCGCUCUCAAGUUUUAAAAGAAAAAUCGCUACCUAUAGCUUAUAAAGAAAACCACAUCAUUGUAAAUAGCAAACUUUUUGUAUAUAUUUUAAUAAUUUUAUAUUCUGCAUGUUAAUACUUCCUUAUUAUUUUACUUGUAACAAUUUGUUAAUGUUUUUACACGCCCAUUGUGGAAACCAGCUUCUGCUGACAAUGUUAGCGUGGUUAAAUAAAGUUUAUCAUCAUCAUCAUAAACAAGACUGAGAAAAAAGAUCUUGGUGCAAAGUUCUAUAUUCCGUGAGCUGUAAUGUCUUAAAUAUGUGUAAUUUUCAGUCAACGAAAUGUGCAAAUUCAGCGAACACGGUCGCCUGGAACUAAAGCGCUGUAAAAAAAAUUAUUUUUAUGAAAAUUGAAAAACCAAAGUCAGUUUCAUAACUCACUGGUAUGUGCUAUUUCAGGGUAAAAGUUUGGGAGAAAACUAUUUUCUGAUCCGAAAUGCAGUGGACCGCUUUUACAGAGACUGCCUCUUAAGUACUGUUUAAUAAACGAGCAGGAGUAUUUUAUUAGGUUUAAAGACACGAGCGCGCAGCGCGAGUGGCUUUAGACCUAAUAAAACACGACCUGCGAGUUUAUUAAACGGCUUCAAACACGACUACAAAUUCAAUAGAUAUACUGCCUUAUUAGUAUUCUUUAUAUAAAAAAUACUAAUGAGGACACGACUACAAUAGAUACUGCCUUAUUAGUAUUCUUUAUAUAAAGAAUACUAAUUAGGAGUGUUUUAUCAGGUUUAAAGCCACUGCACGUGACACAUUAUGGUUGACAUGAUUUGCCAAUAAGCUUAUGAAUUAUUAAUGAGUGUUUGAAUGCCUUAUAAUGGUUUUAUUAAUUUUUUUCAAAAACUCUUUAAUAAUUCAUGAACAUUGCAACCUGUCAUAUUAUCGAUAAUAGCGAGUUUAAGUUCGACUUCCAAUACCAAUACCGAUACCAAUGUUUUCACUUCCGUUCUCAUUUUGCUACCGGGAAUUUUAAAGCGUUAAGUUAUCACGACAGAUAAAGUAUAGAACACAUUAAUCGUCACCGAAAAUGUGCGGUAUACUAAACGGCAGCUGAGCUAAAAUUCCGACUAAAAUAUGACUCAGACGAUGCUAAUAAACAAAUAGUUUACAUGUUUAUCGUAAAAUUAUGAAAUAUCCGAUUUAUAUGAGUUUAUCUUACAAUUCCCCCAACUUCCAAUACAAGGCCGACUUCGGUAGUGGUGAUUUCCAAUACACUUGUCCUCGUACUUCUUGCGAGCAGAGAGCAUGCGCAUGACAUGUUGUUAGUAUCGGUAUUGGUACCGGAAGUCGAACUUAAACUCUCUAUCAAUCACAUGCAUACACCUUUAAAACCAGUAAUAUAGGCUACAAUAUUAAAAGCCUGGGGACGGUAUUUCAUUUCAGUCCCAGCCGACCCAGGGGAGAGAGGGGCUGAAUGUGUUUUCACUUCAUUAGUAUUCUUUAUAUAAAAUUUCACCCUUAUAUUAGUAUUCUUUAUAUAAAGAAUACUAAUAGAGGUGAAGUUUAAAAUAACGAAUACUAAUAAAGGUGAAGUUUUAUAUAAAGAAUACUAAUGAGGUUAAACAACUUCCUUCAUACCUCUGCGAUUCAAUAAGUUCAAAAGCCUGCUGUAGUCCCACAACAUUUUUCUCUGUCCGCUUUUCUCUGUCCUUCUUUCUUGGCCCUACUUAUAGCUUCACUUAUUGGCAAUGCCUUCGUAAUUCGCUUGUCUCAUUUCACUGUCCAAGGGCCGUCUGAAAGUAGCAACUCUAAACCAAAUACAUUAAAACGAAUGAUUAUGGCCCAAUUUUUCACUUAAUGUCUCAAUUACUUAGAAAAUACUUAAUGCAUGCCAAUUACUAUCCUUAUACCUGUUAUCUUUCUUGUCCAAAUUCGUAAAUGCAUUUACACCAUUACACCACGCUACAUAGAGUUGAAUACCACAACAAAUACUAUAAAGCGUUCGAGGGGGAAAACAUUCUCCAUCCUCUUUACACACUUCCAUAACAAAUUUCGUUAACCUGAAAUUGAGUGUCUUUGCCGACAUAUUACACACGUUAAUAUCCAAAUCUCGAAUUUUUGAACUGCCAUCAACUGACUUGCCUUGUUCAUCGGACGUUUUCUUAGCUAAAUUAAUCCUUUUCCCUGCGACUCUGAAAAGGUCUUCAUUGACCAUUCAGUAACGCCACGGGUUGACUUUGGCACGGCAUUUUCUGCCAGUUGCGUCUCUUCUUCGGCACUUUUGGGCUUCCUAAAUGUUCGGUUUGACGCCAUAGUCUAUGCCCGUAUAUCUUCUCGUCGCGAACUGACUAAUUUGAAUAAACUCUUAAUUAAGCCUGUUUUCCACUUAAUCUACAGGGUGUAUAAAAGUGCUAGUCUUUGAAAUUCAAAUUAGUCAUAUUGUAUUGAAUUUAUAAUUACUUCUAACAAUUAGCGAGCCGUAAAACAAAAGAUUCUCUACUUAUGGCCAUGUACGGACAACUCAAUGAAAUACCCUGUAUAGUACAAGCAGCAUUAAAAUGAAGUUAUAAUUGAUCUCUUUUGUAAAUAAGACAUGUUUUCGUCGCGUAUCAUUAACUCUACGCAAUUUAGAACAAUGAGAUCACUGUAAUUAUGACUAAUUUGAGUUUCAAAGACUAGCUUUUUUAUACACACUGUAUAUCAUUUGUUUCAACCUAAUUAGUUCUGCCUGAUUCCUCACCAGUGGUGUUCACGAAGCAAAGAAAUACGCUACGUUUCGCUACGUUACGGAUUAAAUGAAAAACUGCCUUUAAUCCCAAAACAACAUGCAAAUUUUCUUUACAUGCAAAUAAUUUCUAUUAAUAUCACUUAGCAAACAAUUGUUCACGGUCCCCUGACUGUCGUGUUUGAAGCCGUUCUCUCGCAGAACGUGUUUUACUAAGCCUGUUUUCCACUUGCGAAUUUUCUCGCGCGAAGCGACCUUUUUCCUUUGUCGGUAUCACUUAUUACGUCAGCAAGACGUGGCAAAAUGGAUGCCGACAAAGGAAAAAGGUCGCUUCGCGCGGAAAAAUUCGCUUGUGGAAAACCGGCUUUAGGUCUAAAGCCACUCGCGCUGCGCGCUCAACUGCUACCUUGACAGAAAUAGAAUGCUGACGAAUUAAUAAUUGCAUUUUCCUUUCAGGGCACAUUUACUGUAUCGGGGAAUGUGGAGGUGCUACUCAAGAAGGAAAGUGUCCAGAAUGUGGAACCAAAAUUGGUGGGACGCAACAUCGUCUUGUUUCUGACAACAGUUUAGCUCCAGAAAUGGAUGGUGCAAGGCAUGCAGCGUGGUCCGAUACAGCUAAUAAUAUGCGCAACUGGGAUAUUAAUUGGUAGUGAGAUAAUAACUUUCGUGCAGAUCGUCGUUUGCAUUUCUUUUUCAUUAUUAGUAAACAUCUAGAUUUGACUUUCAUGCACUAAUAUAAAAGUAGAUGUGAAUCCAAAUUAGUCGAUAAAUGUAGUAGUAGAAAAUAGGAUGGUUGUCCAAAACUGUCGCUCUUGACGACUCGUGAAAUUCGUAAGUCGUAAUCUACGAGAAGUGCUUUUCAUUUAAUUUAAUUGGCUAAUGAGUAUGCAUUAUAACGCCAUAAUGCACUCUCUUGGUUUUUCAUUUUUCAUGGUUUGUCUCCGGUAUCUUAACAAAUUAAUGUGAACAUGUACAGAAUUAUUGAAUGCCUUUUAAACCCAAAGUUUAUUAGAAAGGAAUGAAGAAUAAACCGAAAACGAAGAGACAACGGGAGUAGUAAUAUACAGGCCGCUCAACCCUUUUUGUGGGUAGCCGCGCAUGCGCAGCUAACCACUAUGUGAGAGACCGUAAGCGCGAUCUUCUGUGGCUCUGUGCCUCUGUGAGUUCGUGUCUGCGGUGUCCUGCUGCGCGGUUCCUUUUAUCCUUGAAAUACGAACCGUUUAUACACCACAGGCUAAGUGCAUAACGCAUGUUCACACUGUAUAGAGAUGUGUAUAAAUUCUUAGUAAUUAGUAAAGUCUUUAUUUUAACAUGUUUUAUCAGGUUGAAAGUCAUUCCCAACGCAUAUAGAAUCGUAUAUGUCGUACAAGCUGUCUUAUCUGUGAUUAUAUAACCAACAAGCAGGGGUUUCAGAAUAAACCGGCGGCCGCCGGAGUUCCGCCGGCUACUUGAACUUUUACCGCCGGCUACUUUUCGUCUGGUCACAGGAAAAAUUUUAUAUACAAAGGUACAAGCGAACCAACACGAUGUUUGUUAUGUUCCAAUUGGAAUUCAAGCAAAACAUCACUUAUUUUGGAAGAUAAAUAAGAUCAAUAAUACAUAGUACCAAACAUAGCUUAUUUUCUUAAGUUGCUGUCGAAAAAGCGAUAAUAUAAACAUUCUUUGUUUUCUCGUCGCCAUCUUGAAUUUCGUAGCAAAUGGUCAGCGGUUCUGAAUCUUCCUGAACAAGAAGAUGACUCAGAUUGACUCUGGCAGUGACUUAAGCAUUGGGGAAUCCGAAUUUGACAGUGAGCCAGAGAACGAGUCAGAUUCAGAGCUACUUUGGUAAAUGUUUUUAAAGUUACUAAUUCUUUGACAGUGAAUUAAUUAUGAUAAAGUGAUGAAGUAAAGUUCAUUACGUACAUAAGUAUGACAUCAUUUGAUUAUUAAUUUCGGGCUCAUAAAUUAAUACUAAUAGUGUACAUUAAUUGUCAUUCUGUUCAUGCAGCUGUAAAAAAAUUGAACUUCUAGUAGCACAUUAAAGUAGUACAUUGUCACUUACAAGUAUAAAAGCAAAUGAC